CGCGGCGGGUUCAACUUCGACAACGUUCAGAGGAACGCGAUGCUUCAGAGCGCCGGCUUGAGCUUCAAGGCUGCGAUGAAGACGGGGACUACGAUCAGCGGCGUCGUCUUCAAGGGCGGCGUCGUGCUCGGCGCGGACACGCGAUCGACGAACGGCGAGACCGUCGCGGAUAAGAACUGCGAGAAGAUCCACUACAUCGCGCCGAACAUCUACUGCUGCGGCGCGGGGACCGCCGCGGACACGGAGGCUGUCACCGGCAUGAUCGCGAGCAACCUCGAGCUGCAUCGGAUGGCGACGAAGCGAAGCUCUCGCGUCGUCACCGCGUUGACGAUGUUGAAGACGCACCUCUUCAAAUACCAAGGGCACGUCGGCGCGGCGUGCGUCCUCGGCGGGCACGACAAGAACGGGCCGCACCUCUUCUGCGUGUACCCGCACGGCUCGUCCGACGCGCUGCCGUUCGCGACGAUGGGCUCCGGGUCGCUCGCGGCGAUGGCGGUGUUCGAGGCGGACUUCAAAGAGGACAUGGCGGAGGAGGAGGCGAAGGAGCUCGUCGCGCGGUCGAUCCGCGCGGGGAUCUUCAACGACCUCGGGUCCGGGUCGAACGUGGACCUGUGCGUCAUCACCGCCGACGGCGUCAAGUAUCUCCGCAAUCACGAGACGCCCAACGAGCGGACGUACGCGCGGAGUAAAGGGUACGAGUUCCCGCCGGGGACGACGCCGCUGAACCGACGGAACUUCACGACGGCGACGAGCGCGACGCUGCCGCUGAACGAGACGGUGGACAUCUUCGUGGGGACUCCGGAGGACGUGACGAACGGCACGGCGCAGCCGGAGUCGAGCGUUGGGGCGGUGCCUAUGGAGGCGUGAGAUGGGCGUGAGAAGGGAGUUUGAAUCGGGUUUGAAUCUGAAUCUGACGAACGAACGCC